GUUCCGAAUCCGGCGUUGAGGCCAUACGGCACCAUGCCAAAUGGUUUCGCUGCCAUGCCAACUGCUGGUCCUCAAGGGGCCUUUCCUCCCCCUGGUGGGUCUUAUUUAUCCCUAUUGUUUAUAACACUGCAAUUGCCAAUGUGAUUGCGUAUUAUUUUAGAACCGUUUCUUAUUUAGUACGUCAUUGUUCUGAUUGUCACUGUGUUGUUUGAAAUUGUUAAACAUUCUGUUUGUUGAUGUUGUCAAUUACGGCAGAUGCAUUCAUUUUGAGUUCGUUAUCAAUUGGAAUACAGUCGAACGUAGACGAAAAUUUUACUUUGAUUUUGUGUGACUUUGACUUGUUUUUUUAACCGUUGACGCAAAGUAUAAGUUCCGCGCAUAUUAUGAUGCCUGGGAAAGAGUUUGCUAAAAUAAGUUCGGAGUCUAUUAAAAAUUUUCGUCUUGGUUAGAUUAAGGGUAUCGAUGACAGGAUGUUUUCUCCUACAGCGUCUUGUCUCUUGAUUGAAUACGGUGAGAAAGGUUGGAAGGCUUCAUAUUGCUUAGAGAACUACCAUCUACAACUCCUUGUUUGGAUUUUACUGGUAGUUAUAUUGGAUACUGUCCCUGGAUAUUUGAAUUGCCAGAAGCAGACCAUGUUAGCACCUGUUCGUUCGCCUUGUUUCUAAGGUAUCAAAUUCUCUUAAUUAAUUUUAUUUGACAUUUUCUUAAUUUCUUUAUGCUACACUUCAACAUCUAACCAUUGGAAAUCUGAGAGUGAAUUUUGGGAAUAUGUGAAUUUGUUCCUCUUUUCAAUUGAUUAUCUGUAUGUAUGACAUGCUCAAAGUGUGUGCUUCUUAAAUCUUAAAUUGUGCUUUCGGUGGACGGGAUAUUUUGAGAAGGUUGCAGUGCAAGAGUAAGGUAAGUCGAAUUUAUGUAACAGUUGAAGGAAUUUGGUGCUAUCAUUUGAAUGCUUUCAUCAGGUUAUCUAUUCAGCUGGUGAUAGUUUCCAUUCCUGUGCUUUGGAUUUUGGUAAUGGGAUUCAUGAUUUCUCAUCUAUUAUACUUCUGUAUACUUUUAGCACCGUUAGAUGGUUACCUGUGAGUAGUCUGCCAACACUUUCUGAUGCAUUGGCAAGAUAUUCUUUUUCAUUUGUGCAGGAGUUCCUCGUUAUCCUUCUCCAUACCCUGCUAUGAUUCGGACUCCUUUUCCUCCACGGCCACCUGGUGCUCUUGGCAUGGUUCCAGGGAUGCCACGCCCUCCUAUUCCAGGGAUUCCUGGCGUUCGUCCAAUCAUCCCUCCUGUGGUUAGGCCAUCUGUUCUCCCAAGUGUUACACCUGCGGAAAAACCACAAACUACAAUUUAUAUUGGCCGAAUUGCACAAUCAGUGGAAAAUGAUUUUAUGCUUUCUCUUCUUCAGCUUUGUGGACCAGUGAAGAGUUGGAAACGAGCUCAAGAUCCUACAGAUGGAACUCCUAGAACCUUUGGAUUCUGCGAGUUUGAGUCUGCUGAAGGCGUUCUUCGUGCUCUACGAUUACUGACAAAGUUAAACAUUGAUGGACAAGAACUUGUGUUAAAAGGUACUCAAGCAACAAGAGAUUAUCUGAAGCGUUAUGUUGAAAAGAAAGCAGAGAAUUCAAAGAAACUGAAAGAAACACAAGUUUCAGAGACCAAAGAAGAAGAAGCAGACACUACGAAAGUGGCUAAAAAUGAAACUUCAAAGCCCCCUGUAGAGGAUUCAAAGGAGGACCACGAUUCUGGAGAAAAAGAAGAUCAUGACAUUGCCAAUUCUGCAGUUUUAAGUGAUGAAGAUAGAGAUGCUGAUCGAGAGGCAUCAGAAAAGCUUACAAAUGCACUGGAGGAAAGGUUAAAGUCUAGACCUUUGCCACCACCUCCUCCACUGACAGCAGCUGAUGUCUCUGGUAAUUCAAGUGCAGAACCAUCUGCUAAAUUGAAAGAUAGUGAAUCUGACGCUGAUAUUUUGAAAAGUGAUGCAGCUGAUGAUAGAAAUGAUGAUGACACAACUAGUGAUAAUAAACAAACUAGCGAGCAUGAAAAGCCUGAAACAAGUUCACCUGACAGAAGUAGAAGGUAUGACAGGAGAAGCCGAGAAAGAGACAGGGAGCGGGAUUUGAAAAGGGAGAAGGAGAGGGAAAUUGAGAGAUAUGAAAGAGAGACAGAGCGGGAGCGUGCUAGGAAAGAGAGGGAACAAAGAAGAAAGAUUGAGGAGGCUGAGCGACAGUAUGAAGAAUGUCUUAAAGAGUGGGAAUAUCGGGAAAGAGAGAGAGAAAAGCAAAGGCAGUAUGAGAAAGAGAGGGAAAAAGAGAAAGAACGUAAAAGGAAGAAAGAGAUAUUGUAUGAUGAAGAUGAUGAGGAUGAUGAUUCAAGAAGAAAAUGGCGCAGAGGUGCUCUGGAGGAAAAGAGGAAGAAGAGGUCUAGAGAAAAGGAAGAUGAUUUGGUUGAUAGACAUAAAGAGGAAGAAGAAAUUGUUGAGGCCAAGAGGAAGACUGAAGAGGAACAGCUGCAGAAACAGAAAGAUACCCUGAAACUUCUAUCUGAUCAGACUAUGAAUGUCAAUGAGAAAACUGUUCUUGCUGAAGAAUCCGCUAAUGAUAUUGUUAUGGCUUCCGAACGUGAUUCUGAGCUCAACUCUAGCUGCGAGAACCAUAUUGGGGACGGGAUUUUACAAAAUGGUAGUGGCGAUGAAUCAAAUACGGUACUAUUGUCAGAGACUCGACAGAGUGGAGGCUUACCUGCAAAAAGGUUAGGAUUUGGUUUAGUAGGAUCUGGGAAACGGACUGCUGUACCUUCAGUUUUUCAUGAGGAGGAGGAUGAUGAAGCACAGAAGGAUAAGAAGAUGAGGCCACUGGUUCCCAUCGAUUACUCAGCUGAGGAACUCCAGGCUGUGCAACCUGCCAGUACUGGAGCGUUGCCGCCAAAUUUAGUUGCAGCAGCCGAGUUUGCAAAGCGUAUAUCAAAUGUUAAUGCCAAAGAAGAGAAGCCUGACAGUGAAAGGGAGCGAGGAAGGCGUUCUGGCGAAAAGUCUAGUCAGCGGGAUAGAGACCGGAAUGAUGAGGAUGCGUAUCGCACCAAAGAGGAGAACAAGGCAAUAGACAGAGAUAGGGAGCGAGACCAUGUUUUGGAUAAAGCAAAAACACCAGAUAACAAAAAGCUUUUGGAUGCAAAACAGUUGAUUGAUAUGAUUCCAAAGACGAAGGAGGAGUUAUUCUCAUAUGACAUAAAUUGGGCUAUUUAUGAAAAGCAUGCACUACAUGAGAGAAUGAGACCAUGGAUUUCAAAAAAGAUAACGGAGUUUUUGGGGGAGGAGGAAACCACUCUUGUGGAUUACAUUGUUUCAAGUACUCAGGAACACGUAAAGGCAUCUCAAAUGCUGGAGCUGCUUCAGACAAUUUUGGAUGAAGAAGCUGAAAUGUUUGUUCUGAAGAUGUGGAGAAUGCUUAUCUUUGAAAUAAAAAAGGUCGAGACUGGUCUAGCCUCCAGAUCAAAAGCAUGAGGUUAGUUUUCUGUGUGCCGGCUGUCAUUGGUGCUUUCCCUCUACCAAUAUUUUUCACGGCUCUGAACUUUCAGGCCAUUUCCUAGUGGUAUAAGGAUCGCAUUGCUGUUGGGGUUUUACUCAAUUGUAUGCUUUAGAUUCAUUCUUUUUGUUAGUGUUCACAGUCGAACUUUGGUCUCCCAUGAGAGCUCGCACUUGUAGCUUAAAAAAAAGAAAUUGGAAUCAACAGUUUUUAGUUUUAGUCUGAA